AUUCCCGCCAAAACCGAGGGAGGGUGCGACAGUCGCGACUUGGUCCCCGCCCCUCCCCCUCGCGGGGCAGGGACGCUCCAGGAAGCAAAAAAAGCCUUAUUUAUUAUCAUUUUCCCCACUGUUGGCAUGGCAACACAGGCGUACGUUACGGAAUUACAGGCAGCCCAACAACAGUCACAACAGCAGCAACAGUCUCAGCAACAGCCAGCAGCAACGGCAGCCACGGCAGCACCUGUGGUAGUGGCAGCGGCGGCAGCAGCUCAGCAACAGUAUGUGGCAGAAUUGCAAGGGGCGCAACAGCAACAGCCCACACCGAAACAGUAUGUCCCAGAAAUCCCGCCUCCCCAGACACAGGCUCCGCCCACGGGACAGCAAACCCCAACGCCAGCUCCACAGCAGUAUAUUGUGGUAACGGUCUCAGAAGGCUCCAUGAGGCCCAGUGACACAGUUUCAGAGUCCAGCCCAGGUUCCACUGCUACACAAUCCGGGGUACCGACUCAGGUGGUGCAACAAGUCCAGGCUACUCAACAGGUAUGUCAUUCAACCAGAGUCUUGCUGUUCUUAACCGGGGCAUACUUCUUUUGUGUCAUCCUGUUUCAGCGGCUGGUGGUGCAGAGUACUUCACAAGCUAGUAAAGGAGGACCGGUCGCGUUGGCCGUCCACGGUGUACAGCAGGUCCACUCUUCACCUGAGCACUCCCCCGUCCAGAACAGCAGCUCUGCCGCUAAACCGGGACAAGUACAGCAGCUCCAGCUCCACGGAGUCCAGCAAGUGCCUGUUGCACAAGAGAGAUCCGUUGUGCAGACGACCUCCUCCGCUCCCAAAGCCAGCUCAGUGCAACAGCUGGCGGUGCAAGGGCUUCAACAGGUUCACGUCACGCAAGAGAGCACAGACAGUGGCCAUUGUAAGAGCAGUCAGCAGUCGCAGCAUCAGCCGCAGCAAGGAGUGCAGCAAAGCCUCUCCCUAGAGUGCAGCAGCAGCAAUGACAACAGCAGCAGUUUACCCCAGCUGACCAGCUGCUGUUUAUCCAGCUCAGAGCACAGGCUCCACUACAUGCACUCCCUAGAUCCCGCCUCGGAGCAGUGGGUGGAGCUGGUCCGCAUGCUUCCUCAGCCACUCCUCCUGCCACAACAGAAGGUGGUGAUAGAGCAGCUGCCAUUCCUCUCUUCUCAUCACUCCAGUCCUGACCAAAGAGUCAAGAUUCAGAGAGUCCCUCAGGUGCUAGUGUUUGGAACAGCAGCAACAGCACUUAAAGUCCAGCAGCUCCAGCAAGUACCUGUGCAGCAUGUCUAUCCUAACCAGGUGCAGUAUGUGGAAGGAGGAGAUGCCAGCUACACAGCAAGUACCAUACGCUCCAACACGUAUUCUUACUCAGAGACCCCUCUCUACACUCAGAACGCUGGAGCAAACUACUAUGAAUCUCAAGGCACUUCAACACAGGUCUCUACCCCAGCAACCUCCCAGACAGUUGCCAGUAGUGGCUCAGUGCCUAUGUAUGUCUCUGGAGGGCAGAUCAUAACCAAUCCAAGUGGAGGCAGCAGUGCUGGAGGAGGAGGAGGCGGAGGCAGCGGCGGUGGAGGAGGAGGAGGCGGUGCAGGAAAUGGUGGAAGUAGCACUCCUGGUGGUGGAGGAGGCAGUGGCAGCGGCAGUAGUAGCAGUACAGGGACCUAUGUGAUUCAAGGAGGCUACAUGCUGGGAAGUUCAAGCCAGUCCUAUUCACACACCACCCGUGCCUCCCCGGCAACUGUCCAGUGGCUGUUGGAUAACUAUGAGACAGCUGAGGGCGUCAGCCUUCCCCGCAGUACCUUGUACUGCCAUUACCUCCUGCAUUGCCAGGAGCAGAAACUGGAGCCAGUCAACGCAGCAUCCUUUGGCAAGCUGAUCCGCUCGGUGUUUAUGGGUCUCCGUACUCGCCGGCUUGGAACCAGAGGGAAUUCCAAAUACCACUACUAUGGGUUGCGUAUCAAAGCCAACUCCCCAUUGCUUCGGCUCAUGGAGGACCAGCAACACCUGGCCAUGAGGCAACAACCAUUUUCCCAGAAGCAGAGGUUCAAACCCACUCAGAAGAUGGAGGGCAUGACCAAUGGAGUGGCUGUGGGGCAACAGCAGGCCUCUGGGCUCUCUGAUAUCAGUGCCCAAGUGCAACAGUACCAGCAAUUCCUGGACGCUUCUCGUAGCCUGCCUGACUUUGCGGAGAUAGAUCUACAAGGGAAGCCCCUCCCUGAGGGCAUUGGGCCUGAAGAUGUGAAGGCUUUCCAGUUGCUCUAUAGAGAACAUUGUGAGGCCAUUGUUGAUGUGAUGGUCAACCUACAGUUCACCCUGGUGGAGACCCUCUGGAAGACGUUUUGGCGGUACAAUAUGAACCAGCCUAGCGAAGCCACCUCCAUUGUUAUCCAUGAUGAAGCAGAGAAGCGUCUCCCAAAGAGCUGCUUGGUGACCUUGUCCAAGUACGAACCCGUCCUCAAAUGGACAAAGGACUGCGACAACUUGCUGUACCAGGGGCUGGUUGAGGUUCUGAUCCCAGAAGUGCUCCGGCCCAUUCCGAGUGCCUUGACGCAAGCAAUCCGAAAUUUUGCAAAAAGUUUGGAGAGCUGGUUGACAAAUGCCAUGAUGAAUAUUCCGGAAGAGAUGGUCCGCGUGAAGGUGGCAGCAGCAAGUGCCUUUGCCCAGACCCUGCGGCGUUACACCUCCCUGAACCAUCUUGCCCAGGCUGCCCGAGCCGUCUUGCAGAACACGGCUCAGAUUAAUCAGAUGCUGAGCGAUCUCAAUCGGGUGGAUUUUGCAAAUGUCCAGGAGCAGGCCUCGUGGGUGUGUCGGUGUGAGGAUCGUGUGGUGCAACGCCUCGAGCAGGACUUUAAGAUGACUCUGCAGCAGCAGAACUCUCUGGAGCAGUGGGCUGUUUGGCUGGAUGGUGUAGUCAGCCAGGUCCUGAAGCCCUACCAUGGCAGCCCCAGCUUCCCCAAAGCCGCCAAACUCUUUCUCCUCAAGUGGUCCUUUUACAGCUCUAUGGUGAUUCGGGAUCUGACUCUGCGGAGUGCAGCCAGUUUUGGAUCCUUCCAUCUCAUCCGCCUCCUCUACGAUGAGUACAUGUACUACCUGAUAGAGCAUCGUGUGGCUCAGGCCAAGGGCGAGACACCUAUUGCCGUUAUGGGAGAGUUUGCAAACCUGACGAGUUCCUUGAAUCCCUUGGACCCGGAUAAAGAUGAGGAAGAGGAAGAGGAGGAAGAGAGCGACGAGGAGAUGCCCCAGGAGUUGUCUCUCAGCUCCAACGAGUCCAGCAGCUUAACCGCCGACCCCAUGGAGCCGCCACCCUCCAAGCUGGCACGGACAGACGCUCGGGGCAUCUUUGUGCAAGCGCUGCCCUCCAGUUAGAGCUGCUGGAAGGGACCGAUGGCUUCAACGGCCAGCUGGAGGCCAGGGCGCAUCUUGCGCUGUGUUGUGCUGCCCUGCGAUAAAGUUGAGCUAUUCCUGUCUCCGAGUGGUAUGCAACGCGCUUUCAUUUCACACCUCUCCCCACUCCUCAUCUGACCUGUUCCCACCCCUGGGCAGUCCAAAACAAGCCCCUCAGUUAGCAGUGUUCGCUCUACGAACCUCCUGCGGUGGUCCUGUGGGAAUGCUGGGCCUGGCCCUUGCUGCUAGGGCUGUUUGGUCUCUACCUCUUCCAUGCUAUGCUCUGGGUUAUCAGGGGUAGUGAGGAACUGGUUCAGACUUUGUGCCCCUCCUUCCAUGCCCUUUAUCCCUGGCUGCUUUUUCUUCUCAAUGGGAGGGCGGGAGAAUAUCCUUGCCUGGAGUCCAGGGUGAGAGGCUCCACUCAUACUGUGGGGAGUAGAUGAAGCCCAUGCUUUCAAGUUGUAACAUUGGCCCAUGUAGGGCCUUUCAUUUUCUGCCUUUUGGUGAGGAUAAGCAGAUGCACCCUGUCCAGUGAUCCUGAGCAACCAGGUCUACCUGGCUACCCAGAGGAGCCAUUGUGACGGCCACCUGUCUGGUUUGGGGUGAAUGUCACUGUUGUGUGGUGAGGUUUUCCUUGUGUCUGCCUGGGAGUUACCCUCAGUGCUGGCUAUCUCCCUUCAUUUUGUACUUCUGUUGGACACACAGGGUGAGUUUUGAGGUGCUUGGAGUGUUCAGUGUUGGAUUUCAGGUGGCUCAUACUAGCAACAAUUGGGGCAGUUUGGGAAGAAGGUCCUGCAUUCUACUCAUCUCCUCUUCAGCACACUGUAGAUUACUCUGUAACUGUUUUCUGUGGCAGUAGCUGAGCCCACCAGUGGAUCUACCCAGCACAGCGUGUGUAUUGCCCUCAGUUUAUUGAGGGGAGUGAAAUGAUAAUUUGGACAGGAGAGGCUCAGUGUAGUCACAAUUGCACUUCCAAAUUCCCACUCAGCUGCAAUGUGUGCCUAUUAAUUGCGGGCAUGUGCAGGCAUGUGCCACCUAUUGCUUCAUGUUUUAGCAGGCAUAAACAUGAAGAGCAAGGCAUCUAAAAGCAGUUAAGUGGCCCAGCAAGCAGGGCCUCUUGUGAGAUGAGCAAGAGCUCUAAGCCUUCAGUAUCAUGGCCUGACAAGUCCAAGUUUGUAACUGAGGUCAUUCUGAAAUCACCAGGUACUUGAGCAUAAAUGGUGCAGAAUUUAUUCCCCCAAGAGCUCAUCCUGAGCCACUGCUAAGUAUAGAAGGAAAAUGAACCCCACCAAAAAAAAGUCCAACUUUGCAAAUGCUGCACACCUGUUUGGCUUAUCCUACUGCCCUCCUUCUUCUGGUUCCUUCAGAGUUUCUCUGCUGUUUUGAGUGUUCAUUUGCUUGUUUUGUACACAAUGCCGAGCCUCUUGGUACUCCUGCUGAGUGGUGGUAUGUCUAAUGCUUGCAGCUCUUGGACAGAUUUCAGCUCCGUGUUAAGAGAAGUUAGGCAAUCCUCCUGCUCUUAGUCCAAAGGCAAGCUAGUUGAUCCUUUUGAACUCAGCCAGUGAGGCCAGGCUCUGUAACUAGGGCGAGAUACAAUCCAUGCAGCUUUGCAUCCAUUGUUCGUUGUUCCCACAUGAGCUCUCAGAUAAUUGUGUGCUCCCAUUCUGCCCAUGCCAGGUCAUCUUUCUACACAGUCAUACAGCUGAUAACUUUGAACAGCCUUUUUUGGCAUAUAGCAUUGAAGCAUUAUUGUACUGGCUUGAAUCAAGCAUGGCUAACCCCAUCUCAUCCCCCCAAAUGCUCUGCUUCUUGAAGUCUUCAGAUGCCACUGAAAAUGCAACUUGCCUUUGCAGUGCAAGAGGGGAGAACCCUGACCCAUUACACAGAGGCAUUCCUACUGCUGAUAUCUCAACUAAGGUCAUUACAAUGCUAGCAAGAGCAGGAUAGGAUAGGGCUAGUCCUCCCUGAAGUGCUUGGGAGUCCAAAGAUUGCCUGUUAACAUUGCAGGAAGAUGGCACUCAACUGUGUACAACCCACCUUUGGCUGCACUACAGGGUGGCAAGGCUGAAGGAUUUAGACAAGCCCAGUGGAAGUCAGUGGCAUCAUGAGAAGAAAGAAAGGAGUGGAGCAGAAACAUGUCCAGGGUCAACAUCAGUCGUGGUUGCAAGUAUACCAAGGCUCAUAGCCUACAAGAGUGGCUGCGUCCUCACCUUUUGAAGUAUUUGUAGCAGAGCAUGGCUCUCCAGUAGCAGUUGUAGGUUCAUUCCCCAGCUAGGCUGAAUUACUAUAGGUUGCAGUCCUGACCUUAGCAUAUUGACCUGCCAAAGUCUAGAGGUGGGGCUCAAAAAACAGUGUAACAAUCUAUUUCCUCAUUGCUGGCUUUCAGGGUCCUUUUCCUGAGCACUAGGACUGGCCUCCUUUAAACCCAAACCAAUGACAGGAUUGCAGACUCCCUGAAAGAAGUUCUCUAUGCAUGGCAACAAGAGGCAGUGCCUGAGUGUCUCUUUAGAGUUGUAGAUGGGUGCCUUCUGAUAGUUAUCCAUCCCUUCUCCUAACACAUUGCAUGAGUUCUUGGACAUGUGUUUCUCCAUCAAUGUUCUCAAAUGGCAGUCUGCUGACUCUUGUGGUCAGCUAGCUUGUCACAUUGAGAGCUCAUUUCUUGUUGGCAUUUUCUGGACAAGAAGCCCCAUAUCCUGAGGCUAUUCACAUGAGGCAGAUUGUCCAUAGCUUUCCCGUGGUCUUUGAGGUUCUUCACUUCACAUCAAACAACCAGAGAACCCACUUGCCCUCUACCCUAGGCAUGAUGGCAUCCUAUCUACAGCUGCAACUGAAUAGCUGGACUGUUAGUUUUAACAACCGCGAUGGCCCAGGGACCCAACUCUUGACCCAGUGGGAGAAUUUUACAGCAUCGGGAUCAGAGACCUGCUUUCUGUGGCUGAUCUUCUGCUGGGGAUAUUCCCUAUCCAGCUGUGAAUGUUACAGCAGAAUGGGCUAAACAGAAUCGUGCCCACUUUUUAAGCUUCUGUAAGAAUAAAAAGCACCCCCAAGUCAAGACUAUAGUAGUGAAGAAAUACUAAAACUUGUAGCUUAGCCAUGAGCCAGUGAAUUUAUCCUGAGGGGAGAAAACAUGCAGGUGCCAACUUUUUAUUUCUUUACUCCUGUAGCAAAAUGCUACCUUGAAAAGAUUUUUGCACAUAAAGCACCUCUUAGUUUUGAAUGCAACAGGUAGGCAGCAUCUUCAAGGUGCCAGUGGGGUAUUUUUUCCGAUUGUUAAGAGGUUUCGUAGCCAUUUCCCAUCAUUGUUUCAGAAAAGCACCUUAGUUACUAUACAUGCCUCUUCUGCCAGUUUCACUCAUGAGACCCAGCAAUGCUUUAUGUUCAGAUGCAAUGUGCUUUGCUUCUACACUACGCUACUCUGGGAUUUCUGAAAUGAGCAUCCAAUUCCAUUGUUGAAUCCAGAUCAGUGGAAUUAUUUCACAUGCCUUGCUUUGUGAAGUGUGUGUGGGUAUGUCUGUCAGUGAAAGAAGGGUGCAUUUCCUGCCCCAACAGGGAGAAGCCAAUGAUCUAGGAAGGGACAGGCUAUAAUCAAGGUUCAAGAAAUAACUAGUUUCUGUCCCAGCAUUUCUGCCCUCCCCACCCUCCCCCAGACCCUGCUCUCUCAAAUGUAUGCAGAUUGGCUUUUAGCUUUAGAGAAAGUCCUAUCUUUGGUAAGGAAAAUGGAUCUAGUUGCUUGCAAAACUUUGCUUUCUGUGAGCUCGCUAUUCCCCCUAUGAACAGCGCAGAAUGCUGGAUCCACCAAUAAUCACAUCGGACUCAACAACAUGAACGAGCUGACCUUUGUAUUUAGUUGCUGCCUUACACAACAACACGCCCCUUUUCCUCUGAACCAGGAUAUUCUCUCUGUCCACCAGCGGAUUGGCUGCAGAGCAGCUAGGGACAGUUAUUAGCAGGCCCCACUCGUUUUGGGUGCGUCAGGCUGGGAAAAGACUAGGCUCGCUGAGAACAUAGUAGCCCUUGGCUUUAAACGGAAAUCAGCCCUUUGUCCCCUCUCUGUGCAAGUAACCAAGCAAAUUGGUUUGGUUACUUCCUGCUUUAGAGAAAAGUAAUCACUCUUUUGGUUUGUAACUGAAUAUUAGAUAUUCUAGUUUUAAACAGAAAAAAAUAUCUGUGCUUUUAUAUGUAAUUACUAAUUCUUGUUCUAUAAACCACCUAAAUAUUGUGAGAUUGGUGAAGAUAAAUUACUUGAUAUUUUUGGGUUUUUCAACCAUCAUGGCCUUAUUUGUUCCAAUUUUUCCAGUGUUUUAAACCUGUGAUAUAGAUGUUUAUUGCAAAAUCUACAUAUUGUAUAAAAUAUAUAUUUUGUGUCAAUCUUUUGUGCGGCGACAGCAGCUUUAGCUGCACUAUAGACUUCAAGUGGAGUUUGAAGAGCUUUGUAGGUGUCCUGGGUCCAUGAGAUGGGCAGUGCCUGUGGUCAGAUGAUGUACGUGUGUGUAGUCUAGAGUGCAAAAGCUGUUUUCUACCUUUUGUAGUUCUUUCUUAAGAAAUAAAUUCAGCCGUGUUCUUUGCCUAGAA